AUGAUGAUGCGAUCCGUUGUGUGUUUGCUGGUUUUUCUGUUGAGUGUUGCCUCUGUCUGCAUGGAAGCUAACGGUCAGCCUGGUCUGGUAGCUGAACCAGGUGGUACUGGUACAUCUGAGAGGCCUUGUCGUACUCCUGAAACCACUACUGCUGGUACUGAAGGUGGUGAAGCACGAAUCUUUACUGCACUCUAUGGUGCACAUGAGCGAUGUCCUUUGGAAAGCUCUCUUAUCCCACGUGGUUCUGCUGCGAAAGGAGGUCAGGGUGGAGUCCAAGGACAAGUUCAGACGGAUCGAACUGGGGUUCGUGAAGAUGGUGCUGUUUCUUCAGAUACCCAACACCGAGAAGUUCCAGCUAGAGACAGCAUAUCUUCAUCAUCAAGUGGUGCAGGACAACCGAGUACACAAGAUGGUCCCACGAAACCAGAGACGACAGCACCAACUACGGAAGCACAAUCACCUGAACGUGUUAAUUCCAAUCAAACCGAAACACAAAGUGACUCUGAAACACCCCCAGAUAACAGUAAUGUUAAUCCUGGUAAUGCUUCACAGAAUCCUUCACCAGCGACUGAGAAUACUGCAGCAACGAAUGCAACUGCCACAACAGGCUCAGAAGAAACAAAUACCACUACUCCGCCUAACACCGAUAACAGUGUCGAAGCACCAACCACAACAUCAAUUCCUUCAGUACCAAACGCAGAGAUCAACACUAUUGCCUCCACUGUACAGAAGAAGGCUAAUGUUGACAGCAGUGUCAGUCCUGUGUGGAUGCGCACUGCAGCACCGCUGCUGAUUGUGGCUGUGUUGUUCUCCGCUACUGUGUACUGA